UGUAUUAGAAAUCUGCUGGUUCGUCGCUGAGUCUUUUUACAUUAAGGAACUGCACCAAAUCUACUUUUUCAUAGCAAUGAUCAGGUUAUUUUCGCUAAAACAGCAAAAGAAGGAUGGUACUGAUCCAGGUGCUAAGCCCGGAAGUCAAAAGAAAGCCUCAGCUGCACAGUUAAGAAUAGCAAAAGAUAUAAAUGAAUUGAAUCUCCCCAAAACAUGUGACAUAGAUUUUCCAGAUCUAGAUGACCUGCUCAACUUUAAACUUAUCAUUUGUCCUGAUGAGGGAUUUUACCGAGGGGGACGCUUUGUUUUUAGUUUCAAAGUAGGACAAGGCUAUCCACAUGAACCUCCAAAAGUUAAAUGUGAAACAAUGGUUUAUCAUCCUAAUAUUGAUUUAGAAGGAAAUGUUUGUCUAAAUAUCUUAAGGGAAGAUUGGAAGCCAGUUCUGACAAUAAAUUCCAUAGUAUAUGGCUUGCAGUACCUAUUCUUGGAACCUAAUCCUGAGGAUCCACUAAAUAAAGAUGCAGCAGAAGUCUUACAAAACAACAGACGUUUGUUUGAGCAAAACGUUGCCAAAUCAAUGCGUGGAGGCUAUGUAGGAUCAACAUACUUUGAACGCUGUUUAAAGUAGUACUGCAAGUAAAUAACAGACUACAAACCUGGAGAUGAUGCUUUUUAAAAUCAUCAACAGGUUGCCAAACAUGGAUGCGAAACAUAAAGCCUGUAUUGACAUUACACUUUUUUAUAUUUACCUUUUACACCAUUACAGUGCUUGUGAAUGUUAAUGAAAAGUGGAUAUGAGAAGAUAUCUUCUUCCAGAGUUAACUUGGCAUUAAAAGAGGUGUAUUGUGGUGCCUGCCUGUCGGACAAAGAAACUCAUCACAAAAUGCCCCUUAUAUUUAUUUGUGUAUCAUAUGAUGCUGAAAUAUAGUUUUGGCUGCUUAAGUAGUUAUAGAAUGGAAAAUUAGAUUUAUGCUUACUUCACUAUUUGCUACUACAAACUUCAGCUAUAUCUGGUAAGUAAUGAUCAAGGAAGUUCCGAGGAGUUUAAAGAACUGUCCGAUACUUGAACACAGUACAAGGAUGAUUCGGCUUUCAUUCGUUGCUACAUUAACUCAGUUCCCGUGAUUUUAGAUUUAGUAAACUGGUGCAAUUGUCUAAGCUGUCACCAUCUCGAACGUACAUUUUUCCUAAAGGUGUCAGUGAAUUUUGUUUGUGAUAUUUUUUUUCACUUUAUCAUCAGUUACGCACCUGGUUUAUAAUUUCUUAGAAUAUAACCAUAUUUUCAAAAUUAUUCAGAUUAAGAUUAAAUCAUGGAAGACAUUUCAUUACAAAUAAAUGUUUAAAAUAC